UGUUUCCAUAACAUACCGACGUACACAAGAACUGGGCACUGAAUGACCGGCCACAGGUUUAGGGCCAUGGAGUGUUCCUGGAAAGCGGUGCUGCUGCUGGUCGUAGCCUCACUGACCAUUCAGUACACGGCCAUCCGGACGUUUAUCGCUAAGCCGUUCACCAUCUGCCGGGUGCCCAAGCACACAGGCUGUGGCCCGGGUCCGAGUGCCUCCUGCGAACCCCAGCGCCGGGCAGUCAGCCACAUCCUGAUCCUGGCCACCACCCGGAGCGGCUCGUCCUUCAUCGGGCAGCUACUGAACCAGCACUCGGACAUCUUCUACCUGUUCGAGCCGCUCUACCAUGUGCAGACCACGCUGGGAGCCGCAGGAGGCGGCUCCAGGGGCAGGCCCUCGUCCUCCACCUCGGCCGCGGGCCGCCGCUUGCUGCUCGGCGCCUACCGCGACCUGCUGCGGGGCCUCUUCGAGUGCCGACUCCACGAGCUGGAGGCUUACAUCAAACCGGCUCCGGAGCAGCACCGGACCCAGCGGCUGUUCCGCCGAGGGGCCAGCAAAGCGCUGUGCUCGCCGCCUGUCUGCGCCCCGGCCACCUGGACGCCGAGGCCUCCGCCCGGGCCGGGGGUGCGGGCGUCGGACGGAGAGGACGACGGGGAAGGCCCUCCCUCCGAGCGCUGGGAGGAAGGCGAGUGCGUGCGGCGGUGCGGGGCCCUGAAUCUGACCGAGGCCUCGCGGGCCUGCAUCCAGCGGCCUCACGUCGCCAUCAAGACGGUGCGGAUCCCCGCCAUCGGCGACCUGCGGGCGCUGGUGGAAGACCCGCGCCUCAACCUCAAGGUGAUCCAGCUGGUGCGCGACCCCCGCGGCAUCCUGUCGUCCCGCAUCGACACCUUCCCGGACAGUUUCCGCGCCUGGAAAAUCUGGCGCAACAGCGGGCGCAGGCCUUACAACCUGGACGCGUCUCACCUGAGCGCCACCUGCCAGGACUUCCUGCAGUCGGUGGGGACCGGCCUGGCCCGGCCCGGCUGGCUCAAGGGCCGUUACAUGUUGGUCCGUUACGAGGACCUGGCUCGCGAGCCCGAGCGGAAGACGCGCGAGAUGUACCGCUUCCUGGGCGUCGCCAUGGAUACCAACGUGCGGCGCUGGAUCGUCCGCAACACGCGCGGGCCCGGAGCGUCGGGGAACCACAAGUUCGCCACGGUGCGGGACUCGGCGGCCACGGCCGAGGGCUGGAGGUUCAGGCUCAGCUACGACAUGGUGGAGCUGGUGCAGAGCCUGUGCAACCUGACCCUGGCCCAGCUGGGCUACAGGCUCGUCAACUCGCCCGAGGAGCUGAGGAACACGUCCGUCAGCCUCGCCGAGGACAGGACCUUUCUGCCUUUUUUGUAAUUGUAAAUAGUUCGUGCCAGUGAGUGAUAUAUUUUUGAUAUGAAAAAAAAGUUUUUAAAUGUUUGAAUUUUACUUUGCAACCCCUUCUUUCCUCGAAGACGCGCGCACAAACAUUAGGGUUGCCAACUCUGUCUAGAGACGUGGGAGCAAAUUGCUGCAGGUGCUGGAAUCUACUGAAAACAAAUGCUUUUAAUUGGAAUAACCACUUGCCCCUCCUUCAAUCGUCCAGUGCUUUUAUCAUUGGACUGUUAACCCAGAGACCCAGGUAAUGCUCUGGGGAGCAAGGUUCAAAUCCCAUCACAGCCGAUGCUGUAAUUUGAAUUCAUCAAAAAAAAUCUAGCAUUAAGAUACAAAAGAUGAACAUUAGUUCAUUGCUGGCCAAGAAACAUCUGCUUCACUAAUGCCUUUUAGGGAAGGUAAGGCUAUCCUUUGUGGCCUGGCCUACAUGUGACUCCAGAUCCACAACAAUGUAGUUGACUCUUAACUGUUCUCUGGCUUGUUAGGGAUGGGAAAUAAAUACUGGCCUAGCCAGUGACUCUCUUUACCAGAAGACAAAAUAAAAUCUUAACACCAUUAACAAGAUGUAGGAGCUGAAGCAGGUCACCCAUCUGAGAGGGGAAAACUUUAAAAGGGAUCUAAGGGGCAACUUCUUCAUGCAGAAUGCAUCUAUGGAAUGAACUGCGAGAGGAAGUGGUGCAGGCCACUACAAUUACAACAUUUAUAAGGCAUCUGGAUGGGUAUAUGAAUAGGAAAAAAUUGGAGGAAUAUGGACCACAUGCUGGCAAAUGGGACUAGAUUAGGUUAGGAUAUCUGGUGAGCAUGGACAAGUUGGACCGAAGGGUCUGUUUCUGUGCUGUACAUCUCUAAGACUCUACGUCUAUUCUGCCACUCAGUAGGAUCAGUGAUGAUCUGAUAAUCCUCCACUUUACUUUCUUGACUUUUCCUCUUCGAUCUAGAUUCACUCACCAAUCAAAAUUUGUUAUUCUUCCUUUCUGGAAGAAAUUAUUCUUGACUGUCAGUCUCCAACACAUUUAUACUUAAUAACUACUCAAAGACUAUUUUUUAAAAUGAGGGCUAUUUAUCUUCAACACAAUGAUUUUGCCCAGGAUUUGCUCAGAAUUGUGUUGUGGACACUCUGGGUAAAUCCUGGCGAGUUGGAGACCCCAAACUAAAUUACAAAUUCUCAAAUAACCCUCCCUGACAGAAUGAAUCCUUUUGUUCCACAAGCUUUCAGAAUAGCUGGUUGGCAGAAAUGGAGGGUAAAAAACAUUUUCAAAACAUCCCAAACAAAAUAUAUUUUAAUGUGAAUGAAAAUGUUUAUAAAAAACUGAAUAUUUUUAAAUGCACUGUUUCUUUCUAAAAUGUCAAAAGAUCUUAAAAAGGAACCAACAUUUCUGUAUUGAAGUAUUUUUCAUACUCAUGCAAAUUGCUCAAUUAUGCAUUUUGUCUGCCCUGAGGCUGUCUUGUGGAUUUUAAUGUUCUGCAUAAAUGAUGACAGAGCACCCAAGAUUCAGAGCCAAAACAUGCAUUUGUUUGUGUUUAAGGCAUUUAGUUCAAGCAGCAUGUUGUGAAAAGAACCACUACAAAAUGGACACAGAAAAAAAAAAUCGAACAAGUGUUGUCCAGUACCAUAUACGUAAGCCAAAUGUAGUUAAUUGGGAAUCCAGAUAUGGCUAGUUACAUCUCUGAUGAGUAAAUACAAAAAUUAGUAAUAGAUAGUCAUUGGGUAUGUGAUCUCAAAACAUAUUCGCAUGGCUUAUACCUGUGAACUUAACCUUUUUGUCAGUUUGUUAGUUGAA